ACCGAAAGAAGAAUAAUAGCAAUAAUAAUAUAAUCUAUGACUAUAACAAUUAAACCGUUAUCGAACUAUUUUUCCAACGAUCGAUAAUUCGUAAAAUUAAAAAAUACAUGUAUUCUGUCUUUGCAGUAUAUAUAUUUGUAUCUACACGUUGAAAUAAAAGCAAAAACAAUGUCUGAUAAAUUACAACAAACUAACAGUAGUAAUCAAACGACAAAUAAUGAUGAAAGCAAAAAGGACGAGGUAAUAACGUUUAAUUACAAACAUAGUGGAAGGGGAUCAUCGUCAGAUAUAACAGAAAACAAGAUUGUGGUAUUGGACUACACGACUGCAGGUAGGCACAUUAAUCUGAAUCUUAAUUCAUUUAAUAAUUUAAACAGCGAAACAAUAAUUUUAUACAAAUUGAAUAUUUCUUAUGAAGAUAUUGUUAAAACGUUUAAAGAAAAACUUACGUCGAAAAUUGUAAACGGUAAAUACGUCAUAAGUGAUAAAGAUGCUAUUAAUUUGGACAAAAUGAUAGGAUUAGCAUGUAUUGCUAUGAGUGAAUCUGAAAAAAAUAACAAACAAUUAAGGACCAGGAACAGAAUUUUACAGAAUCAAUAUGAAAAUUAUAGCUGUGUGGUUAAAGAAUGCAAUAGGCUUAAAUCUGAAAUGGAUAAAAUAAUAACUAAUCUUUGUUUAGCAUUAGGUCGUAGAUUCAAUGACAAGGAAGAUGUUAUGCAUUUGACCAAUAUUUGCGCUGCGUUAGUUGCACGUGAAAAUGAAUAUCAUUACAUAUUAAUGGAAAACGAAAAGUUGAAAAAUAUUUUUAAUAAACAACUGAUGAAUAUACGCGUGAAAACGUUAAAUAAUUAUGAUGAAAUUUUACACAGUGUAGAAAAAUUAAAAGAAGAAUUGUUUAUCAAAGAUUUAAAAAUAUCUCAGUUGAAAGAUGAUAUAUAUUCGAUAAAUGAAGAAAAAAAUAUACAAUUACAACUAUUACGUGAAAAUGUGUCAGAGUUUUCUAAAGAAUUGAUUGAUGAAAAUUUCCAUGGCGCAAUUGAUAGUCCGGAAAAUAAUAACGAAUUGUACGAAGGCAAAAUGUUGAUCACUGAACAAAUCAAUCAGAUCCAAGGAUCUAGCGACUUCGAAUCUGAAAACCACCAAUUGAGUGAUCUAAUUAAUAUGCUUGCGAAAUUAACAGCCGAUAAAGAAGAAAAUUUAAAAACGACUAAUAGAAGUUUAAUUAGAAAUAUUGAAGACAAGAAUCAACAACUAAUAAAAGAAAUUGACGAUCAUAAAGAAUGGCAAAAACAUUUGGAAAACGAGAACGAAAAACUAAAUUAUGAAAUCGAAGAUCUUAAACAGGUCCAAAAAGUGUUAAUUGAUAAAGAAAACAAACAUAAAAAUCUCAAAGAAGAUUAUUCGAAAAUGCAAUUAAUGUACGACAAGCUAAAUAAAGAAAAUGAGUACGUAUUAACGUUGCUCGACGACUACCGACAACGAUUGGCUGACCGAGAAAUGAAAUUUGUCGAUAGUAAUAACCUAGUUAAAGCACUUCAAUCAAAUUUAACAGAACAGAUGAAUAAAUUCAAAUUUGUGAAUGAAAUGUACAACAAAGAAAAAGAAAAAUGUCAGAUAAAUGAAACUUACACACAACAAAUGGUUGAUGAAUUUACUAGCCAGCUCCACGAAAAAGAUACGAACAUCGCAUUGAUACGAAAUGAGUGUAAUGAUUUGAAACAUCACAUUGAGUCAGUAGAAGCUGAUAUCGAAAAUUUAAAACACAAGACUAUUACCUUAGAGUAUGUGUUGAACGAGAAAAAUAAAACUAUAAAAAACAUGUUAAAAGCCCAAAGCAAACAGCAGCACGGAUCAACUUCGCGGUCGUCUUUGUUGUUAUCCGAUAAUCAACUGCACAUUAUCAGUCAAUUAGAGCAGCAAAUGGAAAUACUACUUGACAAUUUAUUGACCUGGCAAAAUAUUAUAAUCAGUUACGAGAAAGUGUUGUACAACAUGCAAAACGCUGUCCAGCAACAAUCUAAGAAAAGAAACUACUGGAUAACCAGAUAUCAACAUCUUAAAGACAUUGAAUACAAAGCAACGUUGACAGAAAAAUUAACCAAAGAAAAAGAAGUAAUUUUAUUAGAACACCAGAAGGAAAUGGAAGAUGUAAAAGAAAAAUACAAUUCUAAAAUCGCACACAUGUCAGAUACAGAAGCUAAAUUGAGAAAUGAAAUUCGAAGUUUAAAGGACAGUUUAAAAUUUAAAAGUGCACAGAUAACGAUGGCCGAACAUUUAGCAAGUUCACAGUUAAAAGAAUCUCUUACCACUAUUCAACAGUUAACUGAGAUAUCUAAUAUUCAAUCAUUAAAAUUAAAAAACGUACAAAAUGGAACUCCCAAAAGGUGCUGUGAUAUACAUUUAUUGAAGACCUCAAACAAGCGAAACCAGCAAAUGGAAGGUUUGGUCGAUUAUAUGUUGAAACUUAAAUCGGAGAAUAAAUUGAUGAAAAAACUUUGUGAAGUUCGCAACGAAAGAGUGCAAUUACUUGAUAACUGUCGCUGCAAAUGUAUAAGGACAACAAAAAUGAAAUAAGUUAUUUAAUUUGUUUUAUGUUACUACUAGUAGUUUAA